AUGCCGGCCCCUGCCGAGGAGGAGGAGGAGGCGGACGUUGGGCCUACGCUGCCCAAGGCCAAGAAGCGAAAGGUGCUGGAGUAUGAGCAGCAGUACCUGCACACGCUGCCGCUGUCAGGCAUGUACGAAAAGUCGUACAUGCAUAGGGACACAGUGACGCAAGUUGCGGUGGCGCAGGCGACCGACUUCUUUGUGACCGCCUCGGCGGACGGGCACAUCAAGUUCUGGAAGAAGCAGCCUCAGGGGAUUGAGUUUGCCAAGCACUACAAGGCGCACCUGGGCCCCGUCACGGGGCUGGCGGUCAGCAGCGACGGCACGCUGUGCGCCAGCAUCAGCACAGACCGCACGGCAAAGGUGUUUGACGUGGCGUCAUUCGACAUGAUCGCCAUGCUGCGCCUGCCCUUUGUGCCCGGCUGCGUGGAGUGGUGCUCCCAGGCAAGCACGCCUCGGGGGGAUGCCAAGGCCAAGCUGGCAGUGUCUGACAGCGGCACCGGCCUCAUACACAUCUAUGACAUGCGCAGCGCCAGCAACGAGCCGGUCGAUGAGCUGCCCAGCCUGCACAGCGAGCCGGUGACCGCCAUGCGGUACAACGAGGCGGCAGACGCGGUCAUCAGUACCGACGCCAAGGGCGUGAUUGAGUACUGGUCGGCCUCAACCUACCGGCAGCCGGAGGAGGAGGUGCAGUUUCGGUUCAAGCUGGAUACGGGUGUGCCUCAGCUCCUCAGUCGGGGUCUGCCAUUCACAGCUCAGUCCAUGUGUUCGGUCGCCCCGCCCCGCAGGAAGGUGCGUGUGUUCCGGUUUGCCACCGGCAAGCUGAGCCGCACGUAUGACGAGAGCCUGCAGGCGACCAACGAGCUGCAGCGCAGCCAGUCAGAGUUGUACCGCCUGGAUCCCAUCGACUACGGGCGGCGGGUGGCGGUGGAGAAGGAGCUGGCGGCAGAUCCAGAGGCCCCCAAGUCCAACGCCGUCUUUGACGAGUCGGGCAACUUCCUGCUGUACGCCACGCUGCUGGGCAUCAAGGUGAUCAACCUGGUGACCAGCCGCGUGGUGCGCAUCAUCGGCAAGGUGGAAAGCACGGAGCGCUUCCUGUCCAUCGCGCUGUACCAGGUGGGCCGGCAGUACCAGAAGUCCAAGCGCCUCCCGGUGGGGCCGGACACCAAGCUGCCGCAGCCCGACCCCACGCUGCUGUGCUGCGCGUACGGCAAGCAGCGCCUCUACCUGUUCACGCAGCGGGAGCCG